AUGACCGGAGAAGGAGGAGGAGGAGGAGGAGAGGAGGCAGAUCACGGCUCUGUUCUAAUCGCAUUUUCUAAAAACCCACUUCGAUUCAAACUGAGGGCUUUUGUUCAUCCCUCCUUCCAGCCUGCUCGGAGCAUUUUCAGCGGAGUCCAGGACUGAGCGGAUUGCGGCAGUCUCACGCGUCCUGGCUGAUCGAAGCUCACCAGCAGCAUCACGUUGUAUGAAAUAACGUCACCGCCAUCCAGUUUCCCCCAUUUACACAAAUCGGCUCUCCACUCACGGACUGUUCCCCCGGACUCUUUCAUCAGGUAACCACAUGUGCGGGCCGGUGUCACCGCGCUGAGCCCCGAGAGCACGCAGGGGGUAGACUCGGGUCAGAGACACAGAGCGUGGCCGGGGGAAGGUGGACCGGAUGACGGACACAACCUCCGAGGCCCCGCGGCUGCCGGAGCCGCUGCGCCGCUGCCACGGGGCGCUCCAGGCCAUCAACGGCAACGGCACCUGCGUGGAGCAGCUCGGCUUCUUUCCGCCGUUCUCCUCCACCCUCGCGCUCCUCGUGCUGGUGGCCGUGCUCGCGGGGGUCGUCCUCGUCUCCCUGGCAACGUUCCACUUCCACAAGAGGAAGCUCCGGAAGAGGAAGAUCCAGCGCGCGCAGGAGGAAUACGAGCGCGACAGUCGCAGCCCCAAGCGCGCAGCGGCGAGCGGGGAUCCCGCGAGGCCGUGCGUCAUCGUGCGGCCGGUGAGAUGCGGGGAGGUUCAGCCCGCCUGCCGGAGCGAGGGAGGCGGGGACGUCACCGGGGCACCGGGGGAGGACGAGCUGCACGAGGCGGUUGCUCUGGACUGUUAACUCAGCGCAACUUCAGGGAACGGGACUGUGGAAUAACAGGAAAAGCAAUAAGGCACAAAGAACUCCCACACCCACCUCUGCUGCUUGUAGAUGACUUAGAAACAGCAGGAAACAGAUAAAUGCAGAAUACUGAGCAGAGUAGUAGGCCUAAACUACAGUGGCGCUGCAGAUGGCUGGCAAGUUAAAUGGAAACCGGAAUAUGUAAGAAGAGAAACCAAAAGAAUGUAGAUGCUUCCACACAAGUGAACUUCAGAGUUCAAUUAAUCAAUUAACUUCCUAUCAUGCUCUGAGGUAUAAAAAAACUGAUCUGGCCAAUUUGAUUCUUUUUUUGAAUUAAGAUGACAAGACAAUGAUUUACAUCCAUUGGAUAGACGUCAGUAUUUAAGGUUGGAAAUUGUGCUAGACAGCCCACCUUCGCUGGUGCAUUAGUUUAAUAAGAAAAACCGAGGAGCGACUCCUCUGCAGGUGACUGAGAAUGUCAAAGCGGGACGUGAGCCGACUGUCACAACAAGGACGGGCUGCUAACAAUUACAUAGAGAGGCUUGUAAACCCCCUGCAUUACAAAGAUGAAUUCACAGUUUGGAGGUCAGCGACGUGAGAUGUGGAGGGGAAAAGCGAUACGAUCAAAUGAGAAAUGUCCCGAGGAGACCAGAGAAUGAUGCAGGCCGAAUGGAUCCAUUUGCUUUGUGUUGCGGAGAGGAGGCGUUUUGUGCUGGUUCAGUGUGGUUCCACUUGUCCUCACAGCGGGGGAAAGGUCACUAGAAAUCCAUACCAAGUUGUUCUGAGUGAUCACCUGUAUCUCGAGGUUAAACAUUUCAAUCAUUAAGAGAAGCCCCCCCCCCCCACACGAGUUUGAUGAGUAGGAAAAAUGAUUUGAGUCUUAUGCAAACUCAUUGCAGUCGCCAGAUGUAAAAACGAGUUGAAUGCAAUUUGGAGAUUGUUGAUUGUGUUAGAUAGCGCUCUCCACCACUGCCACCAAAACACCAAAUGAGGGGAAUACCUUUUAGAAGAAUGGUGUUCAUCGCUCCGGUAGUGUCCAGAGGUUUUUAGAAUCGAUGCCAAGAUAUGUCGAAGGUGUUAGGGUUAGGGAUCACCUGGUCGCCCAACACCCGACAAAGCCACUUUAUGUUGGAUUUCCCUUUAAUCUGUUACCCAUCUGCUGGUUAGCCAUGUGGCCACACUCCUUCCUCUCACACUCGUAUAUUUAGCCAAGCGAUAUCUCCUUAAGGGAAUUGUAUAAAGUAUUUGCCUGCUUUGACUUUUGGACCUCCUCCCCCUUCCAAGCCCAAAAACAUUGUUUGAACCUCAGAGAUGUUUAAACUUUAAAUCCUCCCUGGGAUGUAACACACUGUUGUGUUGAAUUAUUAAGAGUUGAUGACACAACCGGGAGCAUAAUGGCUCGCUGAUCUGCCUUGGCAUGUCCUCUGACACACUACCAGUAUGUAGUUAGACUAUAGUGGAUGUUGUGGUGCUGUUAGGCAGUGAAAAAACUGCACAUAGGCUAUAGAAAUAGCUUAUUUGUUUGCGUAGUAUUUUUUCCUUCAAUUAAGUGACUUAGCAUAUUUGCAUAAAGUACUGUCCUCCAAUGUCUGUUAGACAUCUGUAGCUAGCUCUAGUUAGCCUGACAGGAUGCAAGACUUCUUUGCUGUAGUAAUGCACAUAAGAUAUUUUUCUUUGAUGUGUCAGAUAGUCAGUUUUUGCGCUAAUAGAGUAUUUUCUCUUUUUUUUCUUUGAGUAUUUCUAAUGUAUUCUCUGACAUGUAAUAAAUUGAGAAUCCUUCCAGUAGAGGGUUUCUGUUGAAGCCGAUCUUUUCUUUUGUUUAUGAUCCUUCAUAUUGCAUAAUAGUGGGCCUAAUAGAAAUUCUGUGUCAUUCAUGAUAUGAAUUCAUUGUAAAUGUAUGCCAUUAUGAGAGCUGGAAUGUUUUACAGUAACAUCAUCUUUAUGGAGUUCAUAUAAUCUGCCUUAUCCAAGGGAAAUAUGUACUAUUCAAAGUUUAUAAAUAAAUACUUACAUUAUGUUAA